UUAUUUUACUGGCAAAUAAUUUUUAUAUUUGCGUUUCAAUAAAUGAUCGGUCAUCAAUCUAAUCAAUAUUCGGAACACAUUUAUCGAACCGCCAAAAGUUUCGAUCCAACCGAUAACAUCAGGGUAGUGAGAAAAUUCAUCAAUUCCGCCAUAUAUGUGGAAAAACCGAUAUUAGGUAUGCCUCCGACAAGGAAGAUUAGCCCGCUUUCGCUCAGUGCCGGAAAUCCUGCUCGUGUUUAUCCCACUCCCGUUAUCAAAGUAUCCAAUAAAGAUCUAUUCAGUUUGAACUCGUCAGCGGAUUCAUCAACGGAUAGCAGUAAUGUUAGCCAAGAGACUAUAAAACCAGGCAGCGAUACCCAAAAAUUCUGCGAUGAAUUAAGGCUAUCCCUAACUCAACUAAAUAGCAACCGAACGUCAAUCGAGGGACAGGAGAAAGAAGAGCUGAUCAAAUCCUGGAUUGCCCGAAAAGAAGCUGAACGAAAGCGACGACAGGUUGAAAUCGAGCGUGUUUCCAGAGCAAAAGAAGAACAGAGACGUCUUCUAAUCGAAAAAGAACAGGAGAAUUUUAAAAAGUGGUUGGCUGAGAAAAGGGCUCUCGAAGAGGAACGGAAAAAGAAAGCACAACUGGAGGAAAUGGAAGCUAUCUUAAGGGCCGCGGAAAAGGAGAAAAAGAAGGUAGAGAACGAUUUGAAUUUUCGGUUGUGGCUGCGUCGAAAGAAAAAACUCGACCUCGAGAAGAAAACCAAAGAAAAAAUUCAAUUGAUACGAAUAUACGAGGAGAAGCUGACGCGCAUUGAGGAGAACGAGAGGGCUUAUCGACAGUGGCUCGAGUCUUCGAAAAAUAAACCGAGACCAAUACCGUUAAAUAGGGGUCUUCAAAGUCUAUGCUCGUCGCAGUCGGUGACUUACAUAAAUCCCUUACCCUGGAACGCUGACGUAGAUAAAAUUCAGAAACCGAAUUCGCAAUGAAAUUACCUCUGUAGACUCAUUUAAUACUCAUUUACAAAUAUAUAUUACCGUAUUCUA